GUCUACUUGGCGAGAAUUUUUUCUUUAAUUCAGGAGAUUUUAUCAUUCUGGAAGGAGGCCUUCUUGUAUCUCUGUGCUUUGAGAAGGGCCUUAAUUUUGAUAGAAACCUGUAGGCAACACUGGGGGAGACACACGCUGGAAUUUCCUCAAGUGGGAGUGAGCUUUCAUAAAACAAGUCCAGGCAUGUCUAGGCAAUUGGUAGCAUUUGAUUUUUUUUGUUUAUAUUGCUGAUUUCCUUUACCCAGAUGUUUUGACACCCUUGUCUACCGUUUCUCUACUGAACUGGCAGCUUGUUUGUGGCAAUUUGGUAUCAGUAUGUCUCCGUACAGGUGAUAUGAUUUGAAGACCUGACUUCUCAUCGCCCAUUGGAGCAUGCCCAAGGCUUUCCUACCCAAUGAUCCUCUUGCAACACGCCGGGCUUCCUCCGCCUAAGCGGUCCUCAUCCUCUCCUCCUAUGUCAGUGGCCGCCAGGUCUACAGGAACCUUGCAGCUCCCGCUGCAGAAGCCUUUUGGGCAGGAGGCUUCCUUGCCUCUGGCAGGGGAAGAAGAGUUACCUAAGGGAGGGGAGCAAGACUCUGCCCUGGAGGAGCUAUGUAAGCCCCUGUACUGCAAACUCUGUAAUGUCACCUUGAACUCAGCGCAGCAAGCCCAGGCUCAUUAUCAGGGUAAAAAUCAUGGUAAGAAACUCCGAAAUUACUAUGCAGCGAACAGCUGUCCCCCCCCUGCCCGGGUGAGCAGUGCCGUGGCAGCUGUGGCCGCCCCCGCUGCUCCAGUCCCUCCGCAGAUGGGCUCCUUCAAGCCGGGAGGCAGAGUGAUCCUGGCCACAGAGAACGAUUACUGUAAGCUCUGUGAUGCCUCCUUCAGUUCCCCGGCUGUGGCUCAGGCUCACUAUCAAGGGAAGAAUCAUGCCAAGAGGCUGCGGCUGGCAGAAGCUCAGAGUAACUCGUUCUCAGAAUCCUCAGAGGCUGGUCAAAGGCGGACCCGGAAAGAAGGGAAUGAAUAUAAGAUGAUGCCUAAUAGGAGAAAUAUGUAUGCAGUACAGAAUAAUUCAGCAGGUCCUUACUUCAAUCCCCGCUCUCGGCAGAGAAUUCCACGUGACCUGGCCAUGUGUGUUACUCCAAGUGGCCAGUUUUACUGCUCAAUGUGUAAUGUUGGGGCUGGCGAAGAGAUGGAAUUCCGGCAGCAUUUGGAGAGCAAGCAACAUAAAAGCAAGGUGUCGGAACAGCGGUACAGGAGUGAGAUGGAGAAUCUGGGAUAUGUAUAGUGAUGGUCUGCAGGUAGAGCAGCUUGGCCUGCCUGUUGUUUGCCUUCUGUCAGCCUGCCCUGCUUGUGGUCCUUUUGAUAUGAGCACCUUCCUCCGCUUAAUGUUAAUACAUGUAACCUGCAGUGGUACCAUGAGAUGUCAAAACUGGGGAGGGAAAAGAACGUGCUUCUUAGGUCAUGAUGCUUUUUCAGGUCAGUUGUGUUGAGCUACUAAAAGCAUGUGACCUACCUACCCCAUGAGAAAUAACUUUUUUAUCUUGACCACGAUCUGGUCGACUAGUAGCCUGACUACUUAGAGCUUUAACUAUUUAAAAAUUUCAUCUUCUUUUGCAACUUUAGUUUUAUGUACUGUUAAGUAAAGAAUUUUAUUGCGUUCUCACUUCAGAUCACCAUAAAAACAGGUAGGCAGAGAUUUCCGUUUCCCAAGGCUUCUUAGGAACCACCACCUUAACUCAAUGCCUUGUCAUUAGGAUAUAGUGCUAUAAACUGCAUUACGGUCUUUCCCAGCACGCUUUUUCCCUUUAUCAUGUCCUCCCGUUAUUGAAGUGCAGGUUUUCGUGGAUUCAAACACUUCCGAUGUGCUUGUGGACUUCCAAACAGCGAAAGUUCAUUUCCAGUUGUGGAUUCCCCACAUUUAAAUUCGACCUUCUUCCCUCCUCUUUUCUUUUCCCCCCCAAUUGAAUUAGCUUGUCUAAUAAGCUCAUUUUCAUGCCCCAGCUAUGUUGUGGGGUUUCCAAGCCCUGCAUUUGAAUAUCCAAUAAGUUUAAGAUAGAUAUGAUAUUUUUUUAAAAAAUAUUUUUCAACAGGUUUUCGGAAAUGUAAAGAUGUAUUUGAUUUUUCAGUUUAGAGUUACUUCAUUGAUAAUAACAUGUAUUUAUAUGAUGGCCUCGAUCAUAAGUUCAGAUCUCUUGGUAUUUGUUUUGGCAGACUUUUUAGAUAAACUGAUCCUUACAUUUUACUUAGAUUCUUCUCUGUCUUGCUAGUUUGUUGGCUGUCCUGAAAAAUACCACUGCCUUACGUUUCAUAGAUAGAGAGGAAUUAAAAAAAGUUAACCAAAUUUCAGUAUCAUCAUUUCUAGUAGAAAAAUAUGUGAACUUUGAUUUCGUUCUUUAUAAUUCAGCUUCCUUGAAGAUAAUAGAAAUACGUUAUUGAUUAUUUUGGUAUCUGAUAAUUACACAGUAUUAUUUUUGUUUUCUGUUUUUAAAAUAAGAAGCUCUGGUGUAUGUCUAGAUUAACUAAUGGAACAUGUUUACGAACUUUCAGUAACUGUAUUUUAUCUACUUACUAUAUUUACUUGGAUAAGACCAGUGCUCAUCCAUACUCCUUUUGAAAGGCCACAUUCACUAGUAAGUUUAUAUUGAGCAGUAUCUUUGUACUAGGGUCAAUUCACAUUUGAUUGCUUAUAUUACUAAUUAAAAAUAAAACUCCUGUUUUUCCUUGGGAAUUCUACAGGCAAAGAGAUGGAGAGAAGGAAAAUUAUAAUCAUCAUUCUUUUCCUUUACUAUUUCUAAACAAUUUUUGAACAAUCUAGACCUAUAUUUAAAAUUCAGUUUUGUGAUUAACCUCUAGUACAAAAUGAAGUCACUCUUCUGUUGAAGUGGUGGUUUUUUGAAAAGUAGAAUUGUUUAGUAAUUUUUUUUCUUCCAGAAACAGAAGCAUGAAGUAGUGUUCUGUUGAGAUUCUAUCGAGACCUGUGACUCUUAAUCUAAAAACCUUUUUUGCAGCAAUCUAUAAAGUUCAAUUGACUAGUUUAGGGCAAUUGAGAGCUUAUUUUAUGGGUCAGUAGGUUAUUCAUUUUGCUGCUAAGUGUUAUUUUUUGGUAGAUUUUAAUAUUACAGUGCUGGCCACUUGGUUCUAUGAUUAUUUAAAAAUCUCAUCAUUUUUUUCCCUCUCUUUCUGUGUGUGUAUAUAUAUACAUACACACGGAUAUGUAUGUGUAUAUAUGUAUGUAUAUACAUAUACACAUACACGUAUAUAUAAAACUAUGUAUAUAUAGUUUUAUGUGAUACCAUAGAGAAGAUUCCAUUGAAUCCUUAUUUCAGAUAAUAGUAAAAGAUUGUGGAUAAGAAUUUACAUUUUGUAAAAGUGGCAUUCAUUCACUUUCAGUUUUUCCUUUGCAAAUAAAAUUAAAUGAAGGGUUUCUCUCACUCUCCCCACUUAAUUUCAUUAUAUUUAUACAAAAAGCAGUGGACUUAAGGCCUUGAUAUUUUUCCUGGCCUUGUGUAUUCAGGUUUCCAGUCUCCUAGUGCCCUUAAUGGAUGUUAGGAAUGCAUAGACGCAUCUUCUUUUAAAGAAAAAAGUUAGAUUUAUAGUGUUACUUCUUACUUGCUAUAUUUCUUUGCACUAAAAAAGAGCUAUGUGUUUGUUUCAUAUGACACUUUAGAUACCAUAUUGCCUACAAUACUCGGUUUACUCCUUAAUUUCCAAACUCUAGCAAGUUGAUAUGUUCCAUGAAAUGUUCCGAUCAUUUACAGUGGUUACAUACACAUUCCUCCCAAAGAAUCACAGAUACCUAUGACAGCGGGUUGUGUUUUGGGGUUGUUACCUUGCAGUAUUCUCCUGUGUUUCAUAGGUGAAACAAAGGGUGACAGAGGUUAUCAGAAAGGAAAUGCCUAAGUAAAUUCAUCUCUGCAUGGUACAAUUUCUCAUAUUGAUGCAUUCCUGAUAGAUAGUGUUUUUUCCCUAUUAAAGAAGGCUGUUGUUACUUCUGCAGUCAGUGAUACGUGAUCUCCGUUGGUUUCAUUUUGUGAAGUCCAGUCCUGCUCUGUAGUGUGCUUUAGGAUCUGCACCCUGUGCUCCCCAGGAAUCAUGUUAGUAUCUUUUUAUAUGCUGUAUAUAAGGACGGACAGAGGCCUAAACAACGGAAAACCUUCAGUUAAAUAAAGUAGAUUUCAGUGAUCAUUGGCAAGAAGAACUCAGAGCAUCCAAGUCUCUUUGCUCUGUGAAUAUCUUCGUGUAAGUCAUCAUUCAAAAUCAAUGUUAGAAGAUAACAACUAGAGACUAUUCUAAGAUAUUGAGGGCAAGAAGUUGUAAAGGAAAAAUUCCAUGUUCCAAUUAAAAGAUUGGAUUGUAUAUGCCUUCGAAGUGUUUUUUUGAAAGGUUAAGCUACAAAACUGAGUGUGCCAUGUAAUCCUUUUGACUCGACACUGACCAGAAAAUACUUUGUUGGUCUCAUCUUUGUAUAUCAUGUGCUGCAACUUGUAAAUAUGUGCAUGUUGUUUGUUACGGUUGUUUGUCUGCUUGUCUGUUAUUGCACUGAAUUCUGCAAGGUGAAUAUUUUUUUAUACCAUUCAUUUCAAAAAAGUUCCUUCUCCAACUCUUCCUCACUAUCUGCUUUUCUAAUUAGUUGGUAAACUUAGAAAACCAUUUCAGAUUUUUGAAACCCUGUGAUUGAAUGAAGGAUUGUGGCUAUCUGAGAUCAACCUUAUGUCCCUCUGACUUAAACAGCUAAAGGGAAGCAUGAAAUCUUCCGUUUUAUUUUACAGAGCUGUUCUGCAAACCUAGUAUACUUGCUCAUAGCUAUCUAUCUACACUUCGAACAAGGAUUAAAGGAGAAAUAUAUAUAUAUUUCAUGUUUAUAUGUAAACAUAUAUACAGUCAUGAUCCACAUAAUGAUAUUUUGGUCAACAAUAGACUGCAUAUAUGAUGGUGGUCCCAUAAGAUUAGUACCAUAUAGCCUAGGUGUGUAGUAGGCUCUAUAUAUAGGUUUGUGUACGUACACCCUAUGAUGUUCUCACAAUGACGAAAUCACCUAGCAAUGCAUUUCUCAGAACAUAUCCCUGUUGUUAAGUGACUCAUGACUGUAUAUACAUAAAAACAUAUAUAUUUGGUUAAAUCUUCCUCUGUAGAUAGAUUUGAAGGAUUAGCGGUGGAAUUUAUGAUUCUUUCACUCCUGAGUUGGCUGGGAGUAUGAGCAAUGACAGCUUGAGGACUGUCCAGUGACCUAUGUAAAACGAGUCUCGCUUGUGUCAGGGGAGACGUAACUGUUCGGCACAGUGUCCUCUACAGAGAGGCCUGGGGCUGGUGGAUUUGGAACCUAAUCUCUCUUGUUUCCUUAACGUCAGAACUUAGACUGAAAGUACCCUCUAAAGCACUUGGUGAGUCGUAUACUAAGGACAGUACAGCUGCUUUAGAAGUAGAGAAAUGUUUUGUCAGUAUAGGCAAAAAUUUAAUGCAGGCUUUUGAAUAGAUGUUUAAAAAAUAGUCUACCUUAACCACUAUUUUUUUUUUUUUUUUACCAGCCAGUUUAGGAGUUGCAUACAUAAUAUUGAGUGUUUUGUUGUUGCUUUGGUUUUUUUUUUUGGCAGUGGACCCCUAACAUUGUGAGCUGUUACUAUCAGUCUAUCUGAAUGGACACAUAGCUGUGUAAAUAGCUGCUCAUAUGACAUUUCUACUGAUAGCUGUUGGACUUUUUCUUCCCAUUAUGAAUGGGAGAAUCAUUUGUAAACUCCCUUUCUGGGUAGCUACCAAAAAAAAAUACUGGCUUAUGGUCCUAUGGGACCCUGUCUCCGUUAAGCCCAGAAUAUGAGUGCCUUUAGCAAGUUUUAGCAUUUCACAGAGAGAAGAGCUGAUAGAAUUAUUGCCAUUAAUUGCAAUGCAUAAAACAGGAGCUUGGAAUAGCGAAAGUUUGUGUGAAUUCUGUGUUCCACGUCUUUUUUUUUCUUAAUGCUGUCUCAAUUUGAUAUUGAGUAAAACUGUGUCAUUAUUGAUUAGGAAUUAUACACCCUGAAGAUGAGUCCCAUUGUCCCGGGCUGGCAACAGUCACAGAUUAUUUUUCACCUUGAUCUGUGUUACAUUUAUAUGUAUUGACGAGUAGUGUGGUGGGUUGGGAAGAGCUUGAUACUGCUGUUUGGAAAAACUUUAUUCCCGUGGUCUUUUCCAAACUUGUCUAUUCUGUAGAGAGGAGAGAAUUAUGUAUUUGCAAAUGAAGUGUGUGAAGAGACUGCCUUGCACAAUACUUAUUGUGUUAGUUCAUCUCUAUGUUAAAAAAAGGCAUCUUCACAUCAGGUUUGAGGUCUUUUAAAGCAAAAUUUUUCCAUCCUCAAUUAAUUUAAAAUUCUAAGUUGUCUGAGUACUUUGAGUCUUUAAAACACCCUGCUAAAUUAGUUUUAUUAUAGAAAUAUUAACAUUUUCCUCAACGCUUUUUAGUGUGAAAAAUUUCAAACACCCAUCAGAGUUGAAAAAAUUUCACAAUAUAUCUACCACUAGAUUCUACCAUCAACAUUUUACUAUGCUUGUAUUACCAUGUAUCUGUCCAUUUCUCUAUUCAUCCAUCAAUCCAUGGAGUUUUUAUUUUUAAUAUACAUUUUGAUGUCAAUUUCAGACAAUACAUUUCCCUUAAAACAUUUCAGCAUAGGUGUCGUUAACUGGAGUUUAAUAUUUGUUUAAGCAUUAUCUUAAAAAGCAGUGUAUGAAGUUGAUAACCUGAGCCAAUUAACGUACAGUUUUUUCUCCUGUGGACUUUAGCCUUCCAGUUUCUUUUUUUUGUAUGUGCUUAGAGGGAGGGAAGACAGCUUUUCAAACUGAAGUUUUCUGGUGUUGGUCAUUUUAAUUGCUUAGUUGUAAUACAUUUUCAAGUUUCAUGGUAAGAAUUCUUUCUUUACCCCUUUUCUUGUGAUGUAUUUUUGCUGAACUAUGCAGCUUCUUUAAGAAACUGUAAAUUACUGAUUGGGGUUUAUUAAAUAAGCUUAUACCUCAUUUCAACCUACUGCUGCUUUUCUCCAUGUUAUCACAUCUUUCACGACUGUCACCUGUUCUGCCAGAAAGUAGAGAGGAGCAAAGAGUCAAGCCCAUAGAUGGUUAGCUGUUUUAAACAACUCUAGAAGAACAGAUUAAGUAGUUUAGGAAGUUGAAACCAUUCAUUUAUCCAAAGCCUUUGAAUUCCAUGUGAAUUGUAAUUGUCCAUGCGUCCUCUAGCCAUAAUUAGCAGGAUUAAAAAUGAUUGUACUUUACAAUGAGUUGUUGAAAUUGUGAGCCUUAGUAACCAUCUUUAGCUUUAUUCUAGUACUGUUUAGAAAAAUCAUUUUGACAUAUGCCUUUAUUUUUAUGUCAAUUUUUUGUGGAGAAAAUUGGAAGAAUUGAAGCGACUUGCUCCAGGUCGUGAAGAUUCAAUGCAUAAGUCAGAAUUGAAACUUCAAUAUUCCUGAUUCAUAUUCUUGUGCUUGUUUGUUCAUAUUCCUGGCUUCCGAAAUAACUGAACACUUCCUUUGGAGCCCUUGAAAUGAAAAUAUGUAUUUUUACUAAUUAGACUUUCAUUUUUAGGCAUUUUUUGAUUCUUUGAACUUAAGGAUUUUUUUCAUGGUCAUGUUCCUCAUUAAGCCAAGCAAUUGUAAAAAUUUCACUUCGCUGUUGAAUACUAAUAACGCAGGUUUCAUCAGAUUUCUUUUUGUAUUUAAAUGACCUUCAUGAUUCACUCAGUUCUCUUUCUAUGUAAGUGCUUAAGUGACCCCCUCACUAGUGAAAACAAAGGUUCUCUAUCACUGAUUACAUAUAUAUUCUCUACAUGAUAUAUUUUUUUAAGUAAAAGUAACCCCAUGUGUCAGGAUGAAUGAUAUUAUCCUAGGGCAAAGCACAUAUAAAGUUUAUUUCUAUUCUGCAAAUCUGGCAUUUCUGGGAACAAAACUCUUUUAGAGUGGCUGGUCGUUGUUUUGCCUUCUUUUGGUACUUGACUACCUUUCUGUGGUUUUGUAAAUCAGUGUGUCAUUUUGUAAGAAUGUCAUAUUGAUUCUGUGUUCGUUGGUGUUCACCUUGUGCUAUCCUUGGCUCACCAUGAUCAUUUGGUCUGGGUAUGAUGUGUCUGCUUUGAAAUGCCUUACUAGAGAUGUCAGAUCCUGCUCUAACGCAUUCCCUGUAUUUGCUAGGACAAUAAAGUUGCCUCUCUUGGAUGUAUGCUCUAGAUCCAGAAGCAAACUGAUUUUGCCUUCACUGUUAAGGUUGCAUUUUAAUGCAGUUAUUGUUUUAAAUUAGAGAAUAAAAUCAUGAAAAACCAAGGGUGACUUUAGAACCCUUCGUUUAAUGGCAUGGCAAACUUUUAAAACCGCUUUUACUAUUUCACUAGAACAGUGUCUCUGGUAAAGGAUAUAGCUAAAAAACAAAACUGUAUGAAAUUGGGGUUGUUUCCUAAAAUUUUCUCUAAAUGUCAUACAGGGGUUUAACAUCUGUGUAUGCUGUUGGGGCUAAGUGCCAGUCACCGCUUUGGAAAUCUGUGUUCCGGGGCUCUAGAAAUGACGAAAGUGUGGGAUUAAAACCAAUCAACUGUGAAUUGUGAAAUUGAAAUUGCUCUUUUGGUUUUAUUUUCUUCAGCAUAUUGAAUAUAGAAAUUCGAAAGUUAUUUAAAAUUUACCCUGCUUAUGUUGAUGGCUCAUUUUGGCUGUGUACCCUCACUUAUGUACUGAUUUCUGAUAAAGGCUUGACGUUAUUAUAACAGGCAUUUUGUGUUCAAUUUAAUAAAACAGUUUCUGAGUCUUGUC